AAAUAGUUGUAAAUUAAAAGUGUGCUGAAAAAAUUUAAUUAAAAAUGAAUCGGGUUAGAACACGUACGUCGAAAACCGGCGAAAUUAUCGCUUACAGUGAGGGGGUAAUUCGGAAAAACAUUUCCGCCGUUGAAUAUUGCCGCACCUCAAUGGCCGCUAUCUCGGGCUGCGCUGCGGGCAUUUUGGGGCUUAGUGGAACACUUGGAUUCUUAUUCUACUUUCUGUCGGUGUUUGUGCUCUGGCUAAUGGUACUGAUGAAGUCGGGCAUACAGUGGCGCAAAUACUUCAUUAAUCGGCGAAAUCUACUGACGAACCAGUUCAUGGGCGGCCUUUGCACCUACGUGCUCUUCUGGACAUUCUUGUAUGGCAUGGUUCACGUGUACUAACACUACCAUCGUGCAAAUGCAAAUAGACAAAUAAACAUAGCUUAAGACUCGUAUAGGCGAAAUGGA